AUGUCUGAAAAACCUCAAUCGCCGCAAGAAUCAGCCGUCGAUUACUACGCCGCUGCAGCUGGCGGAAAGCAAGAAUCUCCCCACCGGAGCAACAACGGCAUGAUCAUCCAACUCAGCCCUCAACCCCACAUCCACCACCUCCCCGACGGCGCCGCCACCCCCACCGCCGGCGACGACCCUGCCGCUGCCCCCAUCUCAAACAAUCAAACCUCUGCCAACCCGGCAUCUUCCUCGGGCCCCAAGAAACGGGCCGAGACCUGGGCCCAGGAGGAGACGCGGGCCCUCAUCUCUCUCCGCAAGGAGAUUGAUUUGCUGUUCAACACAUCGAAAUCGAACAAGCACUUGUGGGACAGCAUAUCUAUGAAGAUGAGGGGAAAAGGGUUUGAUAGAUCCCCAACGAUGUGUACGGAUAAGUGGAGGAAUUUGCUCAAGGAGUUCAAGAAAGCUAAACAGAGUAACCCAGAUGGGAGUGGUUGUGCUAAGAUGUGCUAUUACAAGGACAUUGAUGAGAUUAUGAGUGAGAGAAAUAAAAAUGGCCCCAGUUGGAAAAAUUCCGAGAUUUGUGUCGGGGGUGGUGGUUCUAAAGUGGAUUCAUUUAUGCAGUUUGCUGAUAAAGGUAUUGAUGAUGCCAGUCUUCCAUUUGGACCUGUCGAAGCUAAUGGCAGAUCGACCCUUAACUUAGAAAGGCGUUUGGAUCACGAUGGUCACCCUCUUGCACUGGCUGCUGCUGAUACUGUUGGAGCUAGCGGGGUUUCUCCAUGGAAUUGGAGGGAAACUCCUGGAACAGGUGAACAACCGAAUUCGUUCGGAAGGGUGAUAACCGUAAAAUUGGGUGAUUAUACGAAAAGAAUAGGGAUUGAUGCCAGUGCAGAUGCCAUCAAGGAAGCUAUCAAGUCUGCAUUCAGGCUUAGGACAAAACGCGCUUUUUGGUUGGAGGAUGAAGAAAAUAUUGUCCGCUCGCUCGACAGAGAUAUGCCUCUUGGAAAUUACACUCUUCACGUUGAUGAAGGCCUGACUAUUAAAGUUUGCGUCUUUGAAGAGACUGAUCCCAUGCCCGUGCACACGGUGGAUAAAACCUUCUACACGGAGGAUGAUUUUCGUGAAUUCCUCAAUCGACGUAGAUGGACCUCUCUAAGAGAAUACAACGGUUUCCGUAAUAUCGACAGCAUGGAUGAGCUAUGCCCCGGGGCAAUAUACCGUGGUAUCAACUGA